UGACGUAGAAUGCGUGCGCCUGUCGUAGUGUGAUGGGUAAAGUUUUCUAGCUUUUGACUUGCGUGAUUGGAGUUGGGGUCGCGGUGUCAGUGAGAACAAUAAGCGAAGAGCACAACGGGUUACCCGCCCGCAGAGCCGCGGCUAACAGUCUGCCAUCGUAUGUAAUGCUGUCCUGAGCUGAUGGGAAUGAUACAGAUUGAUAAUGUCAAAAGCAUCCUUCAGAAGGAAGGUAACUUCUGCUAAGAUUACAGAUUGGGUUGAGCCUUCAUUUGACGACUUCUUUGGAAACACCAGCAAAGUUCCAGGUACAAGAGAAGUUAAACAAAGUGUGAAAAACAACAAUGAAUCUUUGUUAAAUGCUAAAGCACAGAGCAAGAAGAGAGCAAAUCCCUUUUCCACAGAGCGUACAGCAAUUCAUAUAAAGCAAACCUCAAACCAGUCACAAAAUGACCCAUGGAUUGAUAAAUACAAGCCUGAAUCGCAGGCAGACCUUGCCGUGCAUAAGAAGAAAGUCGAAGAGGUUGAUGCUUGGCUGAGAGCACACAUUGGACAGGGAUCUCGGAAGCAGGGAGGAUCAAUUUCAUUACUUACUGGGCCUCCAGGAUGUGGAAAAACAGCAACUGUUCAAGUUCUAGCUCAAGAAAUGGGAAUUCAAAUCCAGGAAUGGAUCAAUCCAAUAAUGCAGGAGUUCAAGCAAAAUGAUGAACCUGAAGUGUACAAUCGAGGUGUGGGAUUGCAGACAUUCAGCGGUCAGUCUCAGACUUCCCUGUUUCAGGAUUUCCUCUUAAGAGCGAACAAAUAUAACAAACUGCAAAUGAUUGGAGAAUCUUCUGCCACCGAUAAGAAACUAAUCCUUGUUGAUGACAUGCCAAACCAGUUCUAUAGGGAUCCAUCAAGUUUACAUGACAUCCUUAGGAGAUUUGUCAGAACAGGACGGUGCCCACUGAUGUUUAUCAUCUCAGACAGCCUGAGCGGAGAUAGCCACCAGAGACGACUCUUUCCGAAAGAAAUCCAAGACGAACUGUGUGUUAGCAAUAUCAGCUUCAAUCCGGUGGCUCCCACAAGCAUGUUAAAAGUUCUGACUCGCAUCGCAACUGCAGAGGCCAGUGGGGGAGGGAGUAAAUGUGUGAUUCCUGAUAAAGCAGCCCUGGAGUUACUCUGCACUGGAUGUUCCGGGGACAUUAGAAGCGCCAUUAAUAGUCUUCAGUUCUCAGCAUUGAAAGAUUCUUCGGUAGCAAGUGAGUUCUGGUCUAAAAAGAAAGGAAGAACUGAGAAAACAUCAUCCAGAGGAAAGCACAAAAAGAAAUCAGAGGUGCCGGGAGAAAAAACAGAGCAAGUUCAAGCGAUCGGUGGAAAAGAUGCGUCUCUAUUUUUGUUCCGAGCCCUGGGAAAAAUUCUCUACUGUAAACGCGAAGCUCUGCCAGCCGACACUCUGCCAGCCGACUCGGAUGCUUAUAAAUUGCCUGCACACUUAUCUGAACACAACCGGGACCUCCUGCUUGUUCUCCCAGAGUCGGUUGUAGAAAAGUCGCACAUGAACGGCGAGCUUUUCAAUUUGUACCUGCACCAAAACUAUUUGGACUUCUUUUCGGACAUUGAUGAUGUUGUUCGGGCGACGGAGUAUUUGAGUGCUGCGGAUGUUCUCACUGGAGACUGGAAUUCUCGUUCCACACUGAGUGUUUACGGUUCUUCGGUCGCCAGCAGGGGAAUCAUACAUUCUAAUAGAGCCAGAGCGUUUGCCAACUGUCAGACAGGCGUUGGUUUUAGGCCUCUCCACAAACCACAGUGGCUCUUGGUAUUUAAAAAGCAUCAGGAAAAUUCCUUGGCUGCGAGAUCACUCUUCUCAAGUUUCUGUUCUUCACCAUUAUGCCUUCAGACCCAGGUGUUACCAUAUCUAGCAAUGUUAACAAAUCCGCUGCGGAAUCAAGCACAAGUCACAUUUAUACAAGAUGUUGGCCGACUACCCCUGAAAAAACAUUUAGGAAGGCUUAAGCUUGAAGCCCUCACCGAUAAAGACCCGGGUCUCCCCGAUGCGGAGAGCGGUGAGGAUGAGGAUCCCGGCAGAACCAGGGAUGAGGCAGCCGGACGUAACAUCGUAGCUGGAAACGGGCAGAAUGCAUCCCUCUCCUCCAGUCAAGGUGUACCGAGUGAGUUAUCAAGCAGCCAGCCCCAGCCUGUUACACCCCACAUGGACAUGGAUGAUGAAGAUAUGAAGAUAGAAGAAUAUGACAGUGACUGACCUUUACCAGAAUUGGUUAGAAUGGCAGGGAGCGGCAACAUGUUACUGUGUUCUAAAUUGGUUUAUUUGUUGUUUUUUUUACAUUUGGUGCAGUGUAAAUACACAAGUAGCAAAAUGCGGACCAAACUGUAUAAAUAGGCCAGAGAUUAUAUCGUUGUCAUACAGCAGCACCUAUAGGAACACCAUUUGCGAAGCCUCACAUUUGCUGCUGUUUGUGUUGAUCUUUGUUCUUUGUAAGGACCCGGUUGCAGCAUACGCUGUGUGCCCAACUCGUGUAGCUUAGAUGCAACGAUGUGCAAGCUGGGACAAGCAAGAUGUGAAGUCUAGUUUAUGUGAAAUUCUCCACUGAACUAUUUAACUAUGUAAAUAAAAAUGUAUUUUUUCCCA